UCACUUUCAUUAUUGUUUCUUUUCUUCAUUUUUUUUUAGUAAGCAGGAAGUUGGAGAUCAUAUAACGCGUCCUGUGAGGUAAAAGUGGACGAACAAGAGGAUUAUUCCGCUGAAUUCAGCCAUUUUAUGACCAAGUCUAGUCUAGGGAGUUGCAGCUUGGCGACAGAGAAGUUGACAGGGCGCGGGCGCGGGCGCUGCUUGUGUGCGGUCUGUGUUAUAACUGGCUAGCUAGCUUGUUGCUAAUUUACUUCCUUGUUUGAACUGUUUCUUUAUUCGGGUGUUUCCACAAGUGUUACUGGUUUAUACAAGCGCUAUUACACAUUACGACACACACGAGACAAUUCAGGAACAGAAACUAUGAGAGUGCCUGAGAAUUACGAAAUAUCUCGACAAAAAAAAAAAAAAGUUUUCCUCUAACUUGUAGUGGUGUGUAAAUUUGUAUUUCGUUUAAUAUUUAAUCAAUUUAUUUGGUCUACGACUCGAAAAUCAUUGGAAAGUUAAGAAUGAAACUUGUCUGCGGGUGACGUCACACGAGGCGCUUGUCCGGUUCGUGGCCAAUCAGCUACUCACGACAGUUACUCGCGUGCGCUCAGCCAAUCAGCUUCCGGGGACUCUUCGUCCGCGUGCCCGAAGUUGCCUCUGUGGAGCACAGGUCCUGAAGAGCGAAGUGCAGGAGAUAAGAGAAGAAAAAGAGCAAAUAUUUACCGUUAUUUCGAGGCAAUGCUGGUCAUCUUCGGUUCCCCGUUCUUGUAAGAGCGCUCUGUGUGUGUGUGUGUGUUAUGGGAACGCUGAGGAACGGCUGGACGAAGAGAGAGAGCUUCAUUCUCUCCGUGGACGUGGGAACGACCUCUGUGAGGUGCCAUGUUUAUGAUAAACACGCCAACAUCCGGGGAUCCUGCAGCCGAAAGGUACCUCUGCUGUACCCGGAGCGAGGCUGGGUGGAGGUGGACCCGGAGGAUCUGUGGCAGAGCUUCAUCAGUGUGGUGAAGGGAGCAGUGCACGACUCAGGUUUACAGAUGAGUCAGAUGGAGGCGUUAGGUAUCUCAACUCAGAGAGCCACCUUCACCACCUGGCACAGGAAGACGGGGAAACCGUUUCAUAACCUGAUUGGAUGGCAGGACCUGCGAACGGCCGAGAUGGCCAAGUCCUGGAACAACUCGUACACCAUGAAGGCAGUGCACGGUGUGAUGAAGAUGCUGCACUUCCUCAGCAGAUGGAAGCGUUUCCUGGCGGCAAGUCUGGUGGUCUUCACGCCGCAGCAUGUCUCCAUGCGUCUGGCCUGGGCUUUACAGCAUAUUCCUCAGCUGAAGCAGGCGGUUGAUGAAGGAACUUGUUGUUUUGGGACCAUCGACACAUGGCUGCUUUAUAAACUCACUAAAGGUUUGGUCCACGCUACAGAUUAUUCCAAUGCCAGCUCAACUGCCAUCUUUGAUUCCUAUCAGAUGUGUUGGAGCGGGUUUUUGUGUUCUCUCCUCUCUCUACCUCUCUCCAUUCUCCCCACGGUGCACAACACGAGUCACCAUUUUGGUUCCUCUGAUCCCGACAUCUUUGGGGUUUCUAUUCCAAUCAUGUCACUUAUGGCGGAUCAGCAGGCGGCCAUGUUUGGCGAGUGCUGCUUUGAUACUGGUGAUGUAAAGAUUACCAUGGGAACAGGAACAUUUAUGGACAUCAACACAGGGAACAAACCACACACGUCUGUAGCAGGCCUGUAUCCCCUGGUGGGCUGGAAGAUCGGCUCUGACGUUGUGUAUCUUGCUGAAGGAAACGCUGCAGAUACAGGAACCGCCAUCAGAUGGGCUCAGGAGAUCGAGCUGUUUACAGAUGUAAAUGAAACCUCAGCCAUGGCCAGCAGUGUGAGCGACUCGGACGGAGUGUGUUUCGUUCCCUCCUUCAGCGGCCUGCAGGUGCCGUUAAAUGACCCUAAAGCGUGUGCAGCAUUCAUGGGUCUGAAACCUUCCACCACUAAGAGUCACCUGGUGCGUGCCAUUUUAGAGUCCAUCGCGUUCAGGAAUAAGCAGCUGUUUGAUGUGAUGCUUCGGGAAACCCGAAUCCCCAUCACUAAAAUCAGGGCAGACGGCGGAGUGUGUAUGAACGACUUCAUCAUGCAGUUAAGCGCAGACCUGCUGGGGCGCAAAAUCUCACGGCCCACGCAUUUCGACAUGUCGUGUCUCGGGGCGGCGUUCGUGGCCGGGUUAGGAGUCGGUUACUGGAAGAGUAAAGAGGAGCUGAAGAAACUGCAGAUGACAGAGCGUCUCUUCCUUCCUCAGAACGUUAAAGGAGACACAGGAGGAGGAGGAGGUGGUGUGUAUAAACUAGUCCUGCAGAGCUGGGAGCAGGCCCUACAGCGCUCCAUGCACUGGUACAGCCACACGUCAUAACACACACACACACACACACACACACACACACACACACAUGCACGCACACACACACACAGUGCCAGACGGUUCAGUUCACUUGUGUUGUUUACAACCUGCCAUGAAGAAGAAGAAGAAGAAGAAGAAGAAGAAGAUGAUGAUGGUGAUGAAGAGCCAUGUUUUACUCUGACGUGCCUUAAAUGUAACACACCUCUGACCUGUUAGAUUUUAUUUCAUUUUGUAUAUUCACAGAGCGUCAGUCAGCAGUGUUUUACUUCUAAUUUCAUUCCCAAUAAAGGCUAAAAACAAGACAAAAAUUGUUGCUAAAAACAGAUUUAAUGAAAAACAGAGUAGGUUUAAAAGAUGAGAAAUACACCGUGGUUCGAUGAUUAAAAUCGAUUAAAAGUUCUCUCUUAUCUUAUCAUCUUAUUCAUACCGCCGAAACAAUGAUUAAAAUUUAAAGAUGUCGAUGAACCGUCAAGAUUUAAAAAGUGGUUUUUGGUAUUUCUGUCAAAAUUGUACUUAUUAGCAAGAAAAUGAAUCAGACCUGUUGUGUUUAAAUCUCAAAAAACGAGAGAACACUGGCACGGGGCUUCAUUUAUCGAUCUUUUGGUGAAGUGGGUGUAAAUGUGUGCGUAAGGCGAACUGACGGAUUUAUAAAAGUUGCAGAAACAUGGAUUUUAUUCGUAUUUAGCCGUAAAGUGCUAAGUGCG